AUGCCCGCCUAUUCUAAUGCCAGCACUGCUGGCUCAGCUCCGACAGGAACACCUCCAGCAAAGAAGAGAGGCGUCACUUUCUUAGACGAGAAGCAAGCACAAGUUUCUAUAGUUGACAUUGAGGAGCAGAAGAAGGAUACCGAACAGGAUGAAGAUUUGGGAGAAGAUGACCUUGAUGCCUUAAUCGAAGAGCUGGAAUCUGCGGACCCAGAUGAGGAAGUCGAAGAAGAGAUCGAAGCUCUUGGUGUCAACAGUGUGCCCGAAGAGUUUCUGCAGACAGAUCCACGCUUCGGUCUGUCAGAUUUUGAAGUCAACGCAAGACGGAAGAAAUAUGGCCUUAAUCAGAUGAAAGAAGAGAAGGAGAACCUGUUUCUAAAGUUCUUGAUGUACUUUGUUGGGCCCAUACAAUUCGUUAUGGAGGCGGCUGCUAUUCUUGCUGCUGGCCUUCAGCAAUACGUUGACUUUGGCGUCAUCUGUGGCCUUUUGCUUCUAAACGCUGUCGUUGGCUUCGUGCAAGAGUUUCAAGCCGGUUCCAUCGUCGAAGAGCUCAAAAAGACACUAGCCUUGAAAGCUGUUGUACUACGCGAAGGACGAACCAUUGAGAUAGAGGCCCCAAUGGUUGUGCCAGGUGACAUACUAGAGCUUGAAGAAGGCACUAUCAUUGCAGCUGAUGGUCGUCUCGUCUCGGAUAAUGCUUUUGUCCAGGUUGAUCAGUCGUCCAUUACUGGAGAGUCACUUGCUAUUGACAAGUAUCCUGGUGACACAUGUUAUGCUUCGUCCGCCGUCAAGCGUGGCACAUGUCGCAUGGUGGUUACAGCUACAGGUGAUCAUUCAUUCGUCGGCCGGGCUGCGGCUCUUGUCAACCAAGCAUCAAGUGGAAGCGGUCAUUUCACAGAAGUUCUUAAUGGCAUCGGCUCUGUGUUAUUGGCGGGCGUUAUCUUCACAUUACUUGUUGUCUUCAUAUCUAGCUUCUAUCGAAGCAACGACAUCGUGACUAUCCUGAGAUUCGUCCUUGCGAUCACCGUUAUUGGUGUCCCUGUAGGUCUUCCGGCUGUCGUCACCACUACCAUGGCUGUGGGAGCUGCCUACUUGGCGAAGAAGCGAGCAAUAGUUCAAAAGCUAUCGGCAAUCGAAUCACUGGCAGGUGUCGAAAUUUUAUGCUCAGAUAAGACAGGCACUCUCACCAAGAACAAGCUCUCAUUACACGAACCUUAUUGCGUCCAAGGUAUUGAAGCAGACGAGCUCAUGCUUACAGCUUGUUUGGCAGCCUCGAGAAAGGCAAAAGGCAUGGAUGCUGUUGAUAAGGCCUUUCUCAAAGCUCUGAAAUUCUAUCCUUCUGCAAAAGCUCUUCUUAUGAGGUACAGAUGUCUGUCCUUCGCACCGUUUGACCCAGUGUCGAAGAAGGUUUGCGCGGUGGUAGAAUCACCCGAAGGAGAACGCAUCACCUGUGUCAAGGGCGCGCCACUUUUUGUGCUGAAGCUUGUCGAAGAACAGAAUCAGGUACCUGUCCACAUCGAAACAGCGUACAAGAAUAAGGUAGCUGAAUUUGCUACGAGAGGUUUUCGCUCUCUGGGUAUCGCUCGCCAGAAGGACAAUCGAUGGGAGCUUCUCGGAAUCAUGCCGUGCCACGAUCCUCCACGUUACGAUACAGCAAAGACGGUACGAGAUGCAAAACAGCUUGGGUUAUCGAUCAAGAUGCUUACAGGUGAUGCUGUGGGUAUUGCUCGUGAGACUUCCCGUCAACUCGGCCUAGGCACCAACAUCUUCGAUGCUGAGCGGCUUGGUCUUGCUGGAGGAGGAGAGCUUCCCGGCUCCGAAGUGUACGACUUUGUCGAGGCUGCUGACGGCUUUGCUGAGGUAUUUCCACAACACAAAUACACUGUCGUGGACAUCCUGCAGAAGCGUGGGUACUUGGUAGCAAUGACAGGUGAUGGUGUCAACGACGCGCCAUCUCUAAAAAGAGCCGAUACAGGCAUCGCCGUGGAAGGUGCCUCCGAUGCUGCUAGGUCGGCUGCCGACAUCGUCUUCCUGGCCCCUGGUUUGUCAGCUAUCAUUGACGCCAUCAAAACAUCUCGACAAAUUUUCCACCGGAUGUACGCCUACAUUGUCUAUCGCAUUGCAUUGUCCUUGCACCUGGAGAUCUUUCUCGGACUCUGGAUUGCAAUUCAAAACAGAUCACUCAACUUGCAGCUGACUGUGUUCAUUGCUAUCUUUGCCGACAUUGCUACGCUAGCUAUUGCUUAUGACAAUGCACCAUACUCACCAAGUCCUGUCAAAUGGAAUCUGCCUAAGCUCUGGGCCAUGUCAAUUUUGCUGGGUCUGAUCCUUGCAGCCGGUACCUGGAUAGCACUUGGUACCUUGCUGGUGGGAGGCGAUGAUAGUGGCAUAGCCCAGAACCAUGGCAACCGUGAUGCCAUGCUCUUCCUCCAGAUCUGCUUGUCGGAGAAUUGGCUGAUUUUCAUCACAAGGGCUAAUGGUCCGUUCUGGUCAUCGAUGCCGUCUUGGCAGCUUACGGGAGCCAUACUCUUAGUCGACUCUCUUGCUACAUUGUUCUGCAUCUUCGGCUGGUUCGUUGGAGGCGAACGGACGAGCGUUGUUGCAGUCGUCAGGAUAUGGUUAUACAGUUUCGGUGUCUUUUGCGUCAUGGCAGGUGUAUACUACCUGUUGCAGAACAAUCGUACAUUCGACAGGUUCGUACAUUUCGGAAGCAGAAAGAAGACACCUAGGGGCACAGCGAAGUUCACCAGGAAGGAGCUGGAGAAUUUCCUGACGACUUUACAGAGAGUCAGCACGCAGCACGAGAAGGUGUCCUAA